UUUUUUACAAAUAUUUUUUAUUCUCCCACCUCACUCUUGUCCUGCCCUGAAGAGAACUGCACGAAAUGAAGUCUAAAAAAACGGAUCCCAAUAAAAAAAACUGAACCCUAACCCUAGAAUACGGGGCUUAUCCUCUGCUUCCUUUUUCGAUUUGUUCUCUCCGGAACCACCAGGUACGAUAGGGUUUGUCACUGAAUCUUCACUGGCUAUACGCGUUAGGGUUAUAUUUGCAAUUUGUUAAGCUAGGGUUUGGAUUUAUAUGAUGGAAUGCUCCGCUUCCUGUGUACCUUGUUGUUGCCGGCUAUGACCGGGGGACGAUGUCUCCCGUUGAAGGACAUGACGGAGGAAGGGGAUGCCGCUGCCGUGAGGAGACCCUAUCGGUCUGAUUUUGUGGCGGAAAUUACUCGUGAUUUUUCCGUAAGUGAAAUUGAUUACUUAUCCCAGGCUAGGAAAGCUCUCUCAGAAAGUUCUCCCUUUGAUGUUGCCGAAGAAACUUCGACUUCUGCUGCGCUGACGCUGCCCAGUGGAUUGGCUGGCCUGCUGAACAGACAGACUGAUAACAGGAGACGUCCGAAGAAGUCCCAUUCUGGUGGGCAAAAGAGGAAAUCUUCGACUAGGGCAAACCAGAAGAAACCUGAGGAUUCUAACAUUUGGAUUGAGACUGAGGAGUACUUUAGAGACCUAACCUUGGCAGAUAUUGACUUCUUGCUUGAGUUCUCUCGCACUUCUAGUUUAGCUUCUCAGGACUUCUCCAUUCCAUUAUUGGGAAAUAUUCCGACCUACAAUGCAGUUCGAAGUUAUAGCGAGAAGGAAAUGGAGCCUGCUCCUAAAGUCAGCGUAGGAGUCGGUGGUGAGGAUGAAAAGAAGGGUGAUUUAGUGGGUAGUGAGGAUGCAAAGAAGGUUGGUGAAGCUGUGGAAAGUGAGGAUGGAUUGUUGGUAAUUGAGGCAAUUGAUGAUGCUGUUGUUGAACAACCAUGUCCUCGGGAUGACAGGAAUCAAGACAGUUCUGAUUCUGCUAUCAGUUUAGAAUGGUUUUUGGGACGUAGGAAUAAACUUUCUUUAACUUCUCAGCGUCCCUCCAAGAAAAGGAGGCUUUUGGGCGUUGAGGCUGGUUUGGAGAAAGUUAUAAUGUCUUGUCCUUAUGACGAGGGUCAACCGUUUUGCCACUACUGUGGCAGAGGAGACACUGGCAGUGACUCCAAUAGGUUAAUUGUAUGCGCAGCUUGUAAAAUGGCAGUUCACGGGAAGUGCUAUGGGGUGCAUGAGGGUGUGGAUGAGGCUUGGCUGUGCUCCUGGUGCAAACAAAUGGGUGAUGUUGAUGAAUCAGUGAAUCCUUGUGUUCUUUGUCCAAAGAAGGGUGGUGCAUUAAAACCAGUUUAUAGCAGUGUGAAAGGUGCUGGCUCAGCUGCAUUUGUGCACUUAUUCUGCUCUCUGUGGAUGCCUGAGGUUUAUAUAGAUGAUCUGGAGAAGAUGGAACCUGUUAUGAAUGUGGGGGAAGUCAAGGAAACCAGGAAGAAAUUAGUGUGUAGUGUUUGCAAAUCAAAGUGUGGUGCAUGUGUUCGGUGCAGCCAUGGAAGCUGCAGAACUUCUUUCCACCCUUCAUGUGCAAGGGAUGCGAGACAUAGGAUGGAGGUUUGGGCAAAGUAUGGUAAUGAUAAUGUUGAGUUGCGGGCUUUUUGCUUGAAACACUCGGAUCUACCAGAGAGCAAAAGCAUCUUGCCACAGGAAGCCUUUAUAGAGGUUAGAAAUGAAUUAUCAGAAGCCAGUGACCUUCCAGUGACAUUGCCAGUGAGUGGUGAACACAACUUGAGAGAUUGCAGGAAUGGAGGAUUAGUUUCUGACAGUAAUCCAGACAAAUUGAACCAUUGUGACGAACCACCAGAUGGAGGACUACCUGAUUGCAGGUUAAGUGAUCACAUGUUGGGAUGUGGUGCUGUGCCCCAACAAAAUGUUGAAGUGGUAGAGAGAGGGAAUGAGAAUGCUGAUGGAUCUGAUUCUAACAGUUUUGCUCUAGUUUUGAAGAAGUUGAUUGAUCGAGGAAAAGUUAAUGUAAAAGAUGUAGCAUUGGAGAUUGGCAUUUCACCAGAUACAUUAACUGCAAAUACAAAUGAAGCUUAUAUGGCCCCUGAUGUCCGACACAAAAUAGUGAAUUGGCUAAAAGGCCAUGUAUAUUCCGGUGCAUUUCAGAAGGGUUUAAAGGUCAAAUUCAAACCAGCCAAUGCAUCCAAAAUUGAUAGUGGAGCCACGGAUGGCUCUGAUACUUUACCAAUAUCAGACUCAGGUUUGCUGGAUCCUGUUGCUGUUAAGUCGGUUCCGCCAAGGAGGAGAACAACCAAUAACAUUAGGAUUUUGAAGGAUAAUAAAGUGAUAUGUUCAUCUGAGGGGGUUACAAGUGAGAAUGGGAUGCCGGUACACAUGUGCAGAAUAGGUCAGUCCAACUGCGAGAAUCCAACAAGUUCCAAUGAAGCAUCCAUCCCUAAUGCAACAGAAACGAACUUACCCAAGUAUGAGGAUGUUUUUCAAGAAGUUCAAGAGAAUGCUGAUAACCCUCACAAAUCCUGCUUAUCUGGGUACGUUUCAGAUGACAAGUGUAGUAUUUGUUUGCAAAAUCCUUCUACGCUUUCAUAUCAGCAAUUUCUUGUUCAUUCUGCUUCAGAACCAUCUGAUUCUGGUUUCAUAAAGGGUGCAAUCUCUAGUUACAUUCAUCCAUUCAUCAACAAGAAAUUGCUGCAGAUUCAGGAUGGGGUGCCCUUGGAGAAUGUUAUAUCAGGUUCAACUGACAAGGGAAAUUCGGGUUUGGUUGAAUCCUUUGGAGCUAGUGGCUGCUCAAAUAGCCAAAAUCAGAACUUAACUUCCAGUGAAAUAUCAAAGCCUGACGAAGUAAAGAGGGAGCAAUUGGUUAGGACUAAAAAAGUGGAACUUUUGGAAUUUUCUCCCCAAGAUGAGUUGGAGGGGGAACUUGUUUAUUUUCAAUAUAGGUUAUUGCAGAAUGUGGUUGCAAAAAGAAGGCAUAUUGAUAAUUUAAUCUAUAGUGUUGCAAAGAGUUUACCACAUGAGAUUGAUAAGGCACAUCAACAAAGAUGGGAUGAUGUUAUUGUUAAUCAAUAUCUACGUGAUCUUAGAGAGGCAAAAAAGCAGGGCAGAAAAGAAAGAAAGCACAAGGAAGCACAGGCAGUAUUGGCUGCUGCAACUGCUGCUGCAGCAGCAUCUUCUAGGUCAUUCCGGAAAGACACAUUAGAUGAAUCUAUGCAACAGGAGAAUUUUUUAAAAUCAGACCAUUUAAAUGGAAGGGCGGGUGCUUGUUCUCAACCAAUGCCUCGAGCUAAAGAGACACUUUCAAGAGUAGCUGUGACUAGAACUUCAUCAGAGAAAUAUUCGGAUUUUUGCAUGCCAACCUCAGAUUUUUCUAAGGAGCAAUGUAAAUCAUGUGAUAUUUGUAGACGAUCAGAGACUAUUUUAAACCCUAUCCUAGUCUGCUCUGGUUGUAAGGUUUCAGUCCACUUAGAUUGCUAUCGUAGUGUGAAAGAAACGACAGGUCCGUGGUACUGUGAGUUAUGUGAAGAUUUGUCAUCUAGAAGCUCUGAGGCAUCUGCCAUCAACUUUUGGGAGAAACCUUAUAUUAGUGUGAAAUGUGCUCUCUGUGGUGGUACUACUGGUGCUUUUAGGAAGUCUUCUGAUGGUCAAUGGAUUCAUGCUUUCUGUGCUGAGUGGGUUUUUGAGUCUACGUUCAGAAGAGGACAAAUAGAUGCUGUGGAAGGAAUGGAAAGUGUGCCAAAAGGCGUUGACACUUGUUGCAUCUGCCAUAGCAAGAAUGGUGUAUGCAUGAAGUGCUGCUAUGGGCAUUGUCAGACCACAUUCCACCCAUCCUGUGCUAGAAGUGCUGGUUUGUACAUGAAUGCAAGGACUGCUGGUGGCAAGGUUCAACACAAGGCUUACUGUGAAAAACAUAGUUUGGAGCAAAAAGCGAAGGCUGAAAAUCAAAAACAUGGAAUUGAAGAGUUAAAAAGUAUCAGGCAAAUUAGGGUUGAACUAGAGAGAUUACGUCUCCUUUGUGAAAGAAUUGUCAAACGUGAAAAAAUAAAGCGGGAAUUAGUACUAUGUUCACAUGACAUACUUGCCUUUAAGAGAGAUAAUGUUGCGAGGUCUGUGCUAGUUCAUAGCCCUUUCAUCCUUCCUGAUGGUAGUUCAGAAUCAGCUACAACGUCUCUAAAAGGGAACACAGAGGGAUACAGAUCAUGCAGUGAACCUCCACAAAGAUCAGAUGAUGUUACUGUUGACAGUUCUAUUUCUGCUAAGCGCCGUGUCAGAGUUGCCAUAUCUAUGGAUGCAGACCCAAAAUUGGAUGAUGACUGUUCAACCUCCCAGAGCAAAUAUAACCACAAGAUUCCAGAAAGAACACAAUUUUCUGGCAAGAAGAUUCCUCAUAGAGCUGCUGCAUCACGAAAUAUUUUGGAUGAAGGUGGAUGGAGAUCCAAAUCUAGAAAGCAUGCCGAAACAUUUGGAAAAGAGCUUGUUAUGACGUCAGAUGAAGCGUCUAUGAAGAAUUCAAGGCUGCCAAAAGGAUAUGCAUAUGUUCCUGCUGAUUGUCUGUCAAAUGACAAGCACUCUAACGAGGAUAUGUAUGCUAGUGGGCCUGUGGAGCAUGACAGAUAGUGUUGGAUCCCAGCCUGGUUCUUUAUUUUGCCCUCGAGGCUGACAUCCAUAAUAAUUGAUGCCAUGCGAUUUUGCGCUUGGGGGAUUUUAUUUGAAAAUGGAAAAAAGUAGAGAUAGGGUUGAUCACACUGAAUUGUUGCAAAAUGUUGCUUUCUGGUAUGCGGGGCAAGUUUUGUUAGCAUUGUUGUACAUUCCUUAUGAGAGUAAACUGUACAGUGGAUGAGCAUUUCUUGCAUUUACUUGUAUUAGAAGGGGGCAUGCCUUCCGUUUUAUUGACACUCGUGGGAAUGAUCGAACGGAAGCAUUCCUUGUAAUCAUCAUCAUACAAGGGAGGAUCAGGGAUUCACCUGUUUUUCUGUAAAGUUGAUGUACAUAUUUUAUGACAGUCGUAGUAAUCUGAAAGGGAUCGUGCUCGGCAUCAGAUUCACGAGCAUAUAAAUUAUAUUCAACUUCCAUCUAAA